GUGACUAUGUCUGGAUGGACCUCAAAACAGGGCAGGAGUUUGAUGUCCCCAUUGGGGCAGUGGUGAAGCUCUGUGACUCUGGGCAAAUACAGGUGGUGGAUGAUGAAGGGAAUGAGCACUGGAUUUCUCCACAGAAUGCCACCAACAUUAAACCCAUGCACCCUACCUCUGUCCACGGAGUGGAGGACAUGAUCCGCCUGGGGGACCUGAAUGAGGCUGGCAUCCUGAGAAACCUGCUUAUCCGGUACCGGGAUCAUGUCAUUUAUACAUAUACUGGGUCCAUCUUGGUGGCUGUAAACCCCUACCAGCUCCUCCCCAUCUAUUCACCAGAGCAUAUACGCCAGUACACCAACAAAAAGAUUGGAGAGAUGCCACCACACAUCUUUGCCAUUGCUGAUAAUUGCUACUUCAACAUGAAACGGAACAGCCGAGACCAAUGCUGCAUCAUCAGUGGUGAGUCCGGAGCUGGAAAGACAGAAAGCACCAAGCUGAUCCUUCAGUUUCUGGCAGCCAUCAGUGGGCAGCAUUCCUGGAUUGAGCAGCAAGUGUUGGAAGCCAAUCCCAUCCUGGAAGCUUUUGGGAAUGCAAAGACUAUCCGCAAUGACAACUCCAGCCGAUUUGGGAAGUACAUCGACAUCCACUUUAACAAGCGAGGAGCCAUCGAGGGGGCCAAGAUCGAGCAGUACCUGUUGGAGAAGUCGCGAGUCUGCAGACAGGCUCCAGAUGAGCGGAAUUACCAUGUGUUCUACUGUAUGCUUGAAGGGAUGACUGCAGACCAGAAGAGGAAAUUGGGCCUGGGGCAAGCCACUGACUACAACUACCUGGCCAUGGGCAACUGUACUACCUGUGAUGGCCGAGAUGACAGCAAGGAAUAUGCCAAUAUUCGCUCUGCCAUGAAAGUGCUAAUGUUCACUGACACAGAGAAUUGGGAAAUCUCCAAGCUCCUAGCUUCUAUUCUGCACAUGGGCAAUCUCAAAUAUGAAGCCAGAACGUUUGAAAACCUGGAUGCCUGUGAAGUUCUCUUCUCUACUUCCUUAGCAACAACUGCAACUCUGCUUGAGGUCCAUCCUCCAGAUCUGAUGAACUGCCUUACCAGCCGGACCAUCAUCACAAGGGGGGAAACUGUCUCCACCCCACUUAGCAAGGAGCAAGCUCUGGACGUCAGAGAUGCUUUUGUCAAGGGAAUUUACGGGCGGCUCUUUGUAUGGAUUGUGGACAAGAUCAAUGCUGCAAUUUAUCGACCUCCGACACAAGGGGUCAAAAACACACGAAGAUCUAUUGGUCUUUUGGACAUCUUUGGCUUUGAAAACUUCACUGUGAACAGUUUUGAGCAGCUCUGCAUCAACUUUGCCAAUGAGAACCUGCAACAGUUCUUUGUUCGGCAUGUCUUCAAGCUGGAGCAGGAGGAAUACAACCUGGAGAACAUUGACUGGCUACAUAUCGAGUUCACUGACAACCAGGAAGCCUUGGACAUGAUUGCCAAUAAGCCUAUGAACAUCAUUUCCCUCAUCGAUGAGGAGAGUAAAUUCCCUAAGGGGACGGACACAACCAUGUUGCAUAAACUCAACUCUCAGCACAAGCUCAACACCAACUACAUCCCUCCAAAGAACAACCAUGAGACCCAGUUUGGAAUCAAUCAUUUUGCUGGAAUUGUCUACUAUGAGACACAAGGUUUCCUGGAGAAAAACCGAGAUACUCUCCAUGGUGACAUAAUACAGCUGGUCCAUUCUUCAAGGAACAAGUUUGUCAAGCAGAUCUUCCAGGCCGACGUUGCCAUGUUUCUCUGUGGCUAUGCAUCCGGUUCUUUUGGCCAGUCAGCAGCCUCCUCAGCAAAGGGAGCAGAGACCAGGAAGCGCUCCCCCACUCUCAGCAGCCAGUUCAAACGCUCUCUGGAGCUGCUGAUGCGAACCCUCAGCGUCUGCCAGCCCUUCUUUGUACGCUGCAUCAAGCCCAAUGAGUUCAAGAGGCCCAUGCUGUUUGACCGGCACUUGUGUGUGCGCCAGCUGAGAUACUCUGGGAUGAUGGAGACCAUAAGGAUCCGCCGGGCCGGCUACCCGAUCCGCUACACCUUUGUGGAGUUUGUGGAACGCUACCGUGUGCUUAUGCCUGGAGUGAAGCCAGCUUACAAGCAGGAAGAUCUUCGGGGCACCUGCCAACGCAUUGCUGAAGUUGUACUAGGGAAACAUGAUGACUGGCAGAUUGGCAAAACUAAGAUCUUCUUGAAGGAUCACCAUGACAUGCUGCUUGAGAUUGAAAGGGACAAAGCUAUCACGGACCGGGUCAUCCUCCUUCAGAAAGUCAUCCGAGGAUUUAAAGACAGAUCCAAUUACCUGAAGCUGAAGAAUGCUGCAACACUCAUCCAGAGACACUGGAGGGGCCACAACUGCAGGAAGAACUAUGGAGCGAUGAGGAUUGGUUUCCUGAGGCUCCAGGCCUUGUACCGGUCCAGAAAGCUCCACAAGCAAUACCGAUUGGCUCGAAGGAGGAUCAUUGACUUCCAGGCCAAGUGUCGGGGUUACCUGGUACGAAGAGCCUUCAGACAUAGGCUCUGGGCCGUUCUGACUGUGCAGGCCUAUGCAAGGGGCAUGAUAGCCCGGAGACUGUACAGGCGCCUAAAGGCAGAGUACCUUCGCCGUUUGGAAGCUGAGAAAUUGCGGCUGGCAGAAGAGGAGAAACUCAAAAAGGAAAUGAGUGCAAAGAAGGCCAAGGAGGAGGCAGAAAAGAAGCACCAGGUACGUCUGGCCCAGCUGGCCCGGGAAGAUGCUGAGAGGGAAGUGAAGGAGAAAGAGGAAGCCCGAAGGAAAAAGGAGCUACUAGAUAAGAUGGAGAGAGCCCGCAAUGAGCCUGUAAAUGACUCAGACAUGGUGGACAAAAUGUUUGGCUUCCUUGGAACGACGUCAUCGCUACCAGGCCAGGAGGGCCAGGCCCCCACUGGUUUUGAGGACUUGGAACGAUCUAAGAAGUUGAUGGUGGAGGAUGACUUGGAUUCAGCCCUGCCCCUCCCAGAUGAGGAUGAGGAGGACCUCUCAGAGUAUAAGUUUGCCAAGUUUGCAGCCACCUACUUUCAGGGUACAACCACACAUACCUACACCCGCAGGCCCCUCAAGCAGCCUCUGCUCUAUCAUGAUGAUGAAGGAGACCAGCUGGCAGCCCUUGCAGUAUGGAUCACCAUCCUUCGGUUCAUGGGAGAUCUUCCUGAACCCAAGUACCAUACGGCAAUGAGUGACGGCAGUGAGAAGAUCCCGGUGAUGACCAAGAUCUAUGAGACCCUAGGAAAGAAGACAUACAAGAGGGAGCUGCAGGCCCUUCAGGGGGAGGGCGAGGGCGGACACUCAGAUGGUCUCAAGAAGAGCAGUGUGAGACAUAAACUGGUCCACCUGACCCUGAAGAAAAAAUCAAAGUUAACAGAAGAGGUAACCAAGAGACUGCAUGAUGGGGAAUCCACCGUCCAGGGAAACAGUAUGCUGGAGGACAGGCCCACCUCUAACUUGGAGAAGCUUCACUUCAUCAUUGGGAAUGGCAUCCUGCGGCCUGCCCUGAGGGAUGAAAUAUAUUGUCAGAUUUGCAAACAGCUCACUCACAACCCUUCCAAGAGCAGCUAUGCCCGAGGCUGGAUCCUGGUGUCCCUGUGUGUGGGGUGCUUUGCACCUUCUGAAAAGUUCGUUAAGUAUCUGAGGAACUACAUGAAUGGGGGCCCACCUGGUUAUGCUCCUUACUGUGAAGAAAGGCUAAGGAGGACCUUUGUGAAUGGAACAAGGACCCAGCCUCCUAGCUGGCUGGAACUACAGGCUACAAAAUCCAAGAAACCCAUCAUGUUGCCUGUGACAUUUAUGGACGGGACCACCAAGACCCUCUUGGCUGACUCAGCAACAACAGCCCGAGAGCUCUGCAACUCUCUCGCCGACAAGAUAACACUCAGGGAUCGCUUUGGGUUUUCUCUCUACAUUGCCCUAUUUGAUAAGGUGUCAUCUUUGGGCAGUGGGAAUGACCAUGUCAUGGAUGCCAUCUCCCAGUGUGAGCAGUAUGCCAAGGAGCAGGGCGCCCAGGAGCGCAAUGCCCCAUGGAGGCUCUUCUUCCGCAAGGAGAUCUUUACACCCUGGCACAACCCUCGUGACGACAGUGUGGCCACUAACCUCAUUUACCAGCAGGUCGUCCGAGGGGUGAAGUUUGGGGAGUACCGGUGUGAGAAGGAAGAUGACCUAGCAGAACUGGCUUCUCAGCAAUAUUUUGUUGACUAUGGGUCAGAGAUGAUCCUGGAACGGCUCCUGAAUCUGGUCCCCACCUACAUCCCAGACAGGGAGAUCACGCCACUAAAGACCCUUGAGAAGUGGGCCCAACUUGCCAUUGCUGCUCAUAAAAAGGGGAUUUAUGCCCAUAGGAGAACAGACCCUCAGAAAGUCAAAGAAGAUGUAGUGAACUUUGCACGUUUCAAAUGGCCUUUGCUCUUCUCUAGAUUCUAUGAAGCCUUUAAGUUCUCAGGGCCAAGUCUGCCCAAGAAUGAUGUCAUUGUCGCUGUCAACUGGACAGGGGUCUACUUUGUGGAUGAGCAGGAGCAAGUCCUGCUGGAGCUCUCCUACCCUGAAAUCACUGCUGUGUCCAGCAGCAGUGGAGGGAAGCUGCAGGCUCAAAGCUUCACACUGGCCACCAUCAAGGGGGAUGAGUAUACAUUUACAUCCAGUAAUGCCGAGGACAUCAGAGACCUGGUGGUCACCUUCCUGGAGGGGCUGCGGAAGAGGUCCAAAUAUGUGGUCGCCCUCCAAGACAACCCUAACCCUGUGGGUGAAGAAUCGGGCUUCCUUAGCUUCCUGAAAGGAGAUCUCAUCAUCCUGGACCAUGACACAGGGGAGCACGUCAUGAAUUCUGGCUGGGCCAAUGGAGUGAAUGAGAGAACUAAGAUACGAGGAGACUUCCCUACAGACUGUGUGUAUGUAAUGCCCACGGCCACUGCACCUUCCCGGGAGACGGUGGCCUUAAUCACGAUGACUCCAGCUCAGAGGCAAGACAUCAUCCGCCUUACCCAGCUAAACAUGGCAGAACCUGAAGUCCGAGUGAAACCUUACACGCUGGAGGAGUUCUCUUAUGAUUACUUCAGGCCCCCACCCAAGCAUACUUUAAGCCGAGUCAUGAUCUCCAAGGCCCGGGGCAAGGACAAGCUAUGGAGCCACACAAGAGAACCCCUGAAGCAGGCCUUGCUGAAGAAGAUUCUGGGCAAUGAGGAGCUGUCCCAGGAGGCCUGCAUGGCCUUCAUUGCCAUGCUCAAGUACAUGGGUGACUACCCCUCCAAGCGAACCCGCUCUGUCAAUGAGCUCACAGACCAGAUCUUUGAAGGGGCACUGAAGGCUGAACCUCUGAAGGAUGAGAUCUAUGUACAGAUCCUUAAGCAGCUCACUGACAACCACAUCAGGUACAGUGAAGAGCGAGGCUGGGAACUGCUCUGGCUGUGCACCGGCCUCUUCCCACCCAGCAGCAUCCUGCUCCCCCAUGUGCAGAGGUUCCUCCAGUCCCGGAAGCAUUGCCAGCUGUCCACAGACUGCAUGCAGAGGCUCCAGAAGGCUCUCAGGAAUGGCUCUCGGAAGUAUCCACCCCAUUUGGUGGAAGUGGAGGCCAUUCAGCACAAAACCACUCAGAUUUUCCAUAAAGUCUACUUUCCUGAUGACACUGAUGAGGCCUUUGAGGUAGAAUCUAGCACGAAGGCCAAGGACUUCUGCCAGAGCAUCUCCACUAGGUUACUCCUGAAGGCUUCAGAUGGAUUCAGUCUCUUUGUUAAAAUUUCUGACAAGGUCAUCAGUGUCCCUGAGGGUGAUUUCUUCUUUGACUUCGUCCGACACUUGACAGACUGGAUAAAAAAAGCAAGACCCAUGAAAGAUGGGAUUGUGCCUUCUCUUACCUACCAAGUGUUCUUCAUGAAGAAGCUAUGGACCAAUACGGUGCCUGGAAAGGAUCCUAUGGCAGACUCUAUUUUCCACUAUUAUCAGGAAUUACCCAAAUAUCUUCGUGGUUACCAUAAGUCUACCCGGGAAGAAGUCCUUCAGCUGGGAGCCCUGAUCUACAGGGUCAAGUUUGAAGAUGACAAAUCCUAUUUCCCAAGCAUUCCCAAGAUGCUGCGUGAGCUGGUGCCACAGGACCUUAUCCGGCAGAUCUCACCAGACGACUGGAAAAGGUCCAUUGUGGCCUAUUUCAACAAGCAUGCGGGGAAGAGCAAGGAAGAAGCAAAGCUGGCCUUUCUGAAGCUAAUAUUUAAGUGGCCAACAUUUGGGUCAGCUUUCUUUGAAGUGAAGCAAACAACGGAGCCAAACUUCCCUGAGAUUCUCUUAAUCGCUAUCAACAAAUAUGGAGUCAGCCUCAUUGAUCCACGGACCAAGGAUAUCCUCACCACACACCCCUUCACCAAGAUCUCCAACUGGAGCAGCGGGAACACCUACUUCCAUAUCACUAUUGGGAACCUGGUGCGAGGGAGCAAGUUACUCUGUGAAACUUCCCUGGGCUACAAGAUGGAUGACCUCCUGACCUCCUACAUCAGCCAAAUGCUCACCACCAUGAGCAGACAGAGGGGCUCCAGGGCCGGCAGAUGAAUGGAGAGAUGCCGCGGGCACCUGGCUGUGGCCCUCAUCAGCCGCCAGCUGAGGCCCGUGGGCUAUCCCUGUAGCUGGGGAAAGACCUUCGCUCUCCAGGCAGGGACGAUGGGGGAGAGUCCGAUGGAGCGGGUUCCAGUCUCUGAGGAGGACAACCUGGACUCUGACUUGGAUUCUGCCUCCAGUGAAGAUGAUUAUCUAUGACUAGACUCAGAACCAUUUUCUGCCUUACAGGGGACACCCUUCCCCCUUGAUUGGGACAGCUGAAUGUCCAAGAUGUUGGAAAAGCUCUGGGUUCUAGUGUUGACUUGACCUCUGACUUGCUGUGUGACUUUGGGAAAAUUAUAUCCCCUCUCUGGGCCACAGUCUCCUCUGUAAAAUGAGGUCAUUGGACUGGAGGGUCUCAAAGGUACCUUUCAGCUCUGAGAUUUUCUGAUUUUCCAGUUCCAGCCCUCUUCUGGAGCCAUUUAAAAAGCUCCUGUGUGACUUCUCUUAGUGUUUCAGCUCAGUAAAAACAUAGGCAGAUGCGUGUUGACCUCUUACCCAGAAAACCCACCAAAAUGUUUCUGUGACAGAAUCUCGGAACCAGAGGGGUCUAGAGGGGCUCCAGUCCCACCUACACCAGCCUCAGCUAGUCCCUAGCAAGUAGCCAUCCACUCACUCAAAGGAAGCCUCAAAGGUCCAAGCCCUUCAAAGCACCCACUAGAGGGUAGUGUUCAUCGAAACUUUUUCCCCACUUUGGAUGCUCCAAAUUGUGUAUCUCUACAACUUCCAUUUAUUAUGAAUAAAGCAUUCAUUCAGUGCUUAUUAAAUGGAAA